GACAUCUACUGUAAAUCGAUGAAAACAUUUUGUCCACGUGUUAUUCUAAGGAAAAAAUAGUGAUACCGGCGAAAGAGAUGAGAGUCAAGUGUGUGUUUUCGACGUCUAUUACACUUUCUCUAUUAAUAUAAAUCAGGUACAUCACGAAGCCAUGCUGAAGCUGAAAGAAAACUUAAAACUAACAAUCCCAAAGGUGGCUCCUGUUCUGCUGGACACCGCAAUCGCUAUAAGAAUUGCCAUGGGUGCAAAAUUGCCUCAUGAGCGAGGAAUGAUGAAUAGUCAGGAUCUGUGGCACAAAAUCAAGGUACUUAAGGGCGGCCUGUACGACAAGGACACGGUCCUGAAGGGUAUCCUGAGGGCGGUGGAGCCAAACGAUUUGAUACCGGUGAAGUAUCAGGUUUGCGGGGAGGACGCGUAUUUCGUAGCGAGGAAUUGCGGUCCCGCGAUAGAGAUGCUGUGCAAGGCGAACAUGAUCAUCAGAAACGCCAAGGGCGACGCUAUCAUUCUCGUGGUAACCCUGGGAUUCUCUACAAUCAAUGAUCUGAGGGUCCACUUGCAGCCCAUUCUGCUGACCGCGCUGACCAAGAGGUACGAUCCGAACAAGAAGACGUUGAACCUGGAGAACUUCCACACAGAUCCGAAUGUAGAGAAGAGCGUCUACUGCCCGUUGUCGCAGCUCAAAAUAUUCAAUCACGUUUUGAGCCUGGCCAAGACCGCGAUAGCCACCGUCGAGCAUCUGAAUUUACAGCACAACGAACUGCUGAACAUAUCGGCGAUGGAGAAUGCGGAUUUAACGUCUAUCAGGUAUCUGGAUCUCAGGCACAACAACCUGUUGAACAUGAACACGUUGGCCCCGCUGAAAAAUAUGAACAUCACCAGGCUUUGGCUCGAUGGAAAUCCGCUCUGCGAAAAUUACUCGACCGCGAAGCAGUACGUGGAUUCCGCGAAGACGUAUUGCCGGAACCUGCAAGAGCUGGACGGGGUGUACAUCGUGGAGAAUUUGCCGUUGAUUUAUCGGGACUACUUUCCGAACGACAAGGCGCAGGCUUUCGCGGAGAGUUUCGUCACUCACUUCUUUGCCCUGUUCGAUCAACUCGACAGGACGGUUUUACGGGGACUCUAUCACAAAGACGCGUUCUACUCGAUGAGCUGCGCCAUACCUAACAAUAUCGCGCAAAAGACCAAUCUCAAUCAGUACACGUCGAACAGAAAUCUGUUGAAGAAAGGCGCGAAGAAGAACACGUGUCUCUACUACGGUCAGGAGGACAUUUUCGUGGCUUUCAGCAAAUUGCCCCGGACCUAUCACGACAAGAGUUCCUUCACGUACGACAUGCUGUACGACGACGGCAAGUGCGUGGCGUUCAGCGUCGCGGGAUUGUGCAAGAAGCUAAGCUCCGGUAUAAACGUACUGUCGUUCUCUCGAACGUUCGUCCUGACGGCCUCCCUCGACAACGAGUACCACAUUCUGAACGAUCAGUAUCACAUAUGGGCGGCGCCUAACAAGAUAACACCCGACAAAAUACUGGUCAAGCAUUCUUUCGACGAAAUGGAGCCGGUUUGCUUCAGUCCGAGCGAGAAAUCGGUGCUAGUCACCAGAAUACGGCAGAUCACCAAGAUGAAUCAGGAAUGGUCCGAGACUUAUCUGAAGCAGGCCCAGUGGGACAUGCGGAAGGCGAUAUCUAACUUUAUGAAGGAUUUGAAAAGUUCGGAGAUACCGGAUCAUGCAUUCGUUCCGAAGUAGAACUCGCGAUACGUUACUUUUAAUAUGACGGCGCGUAUUCUCGGCGCUAUGUAAAUAAUAGAAAAUAACAAUAGUGUAAAAAUACAUUUGUACCUGUUUUUUUAAC